UAGUCGAGAGCUUUGAACCCUCUCGUCGAAUUAUAUCAAUUUCAAAUUAUAAAUCUCAAUUCCUGAAAUUAAACCGAAUGCGCGUGUCUCAGUUGCUUUCUUAGCUAAUCAUCGGAAUGCUUGGAAUGUCGAUUUACUUAAGACACAGGCCCCGAAAUGAAAAACUCGGGGAUUCCGAAAAGAGAAGCAUCGUCGAACAGACGAAGCGAGUAUCGCGCGGAGACAACAGACAACGGAUAUUUCGGCGACAACUUCGACGCGGAUGCUGACAUGUCCCAACGAAAUUCGCUGUGAUGCUCGUGAAAGAAAGAUCGGUUCGCAUUUACGACGGAUUUAUCAAGACCGUUUGUUGCACAAAAAAGAACGAUUGGAUGUUUUUUGACUUCAAGCAUUUGUCAGAUAAUACAUACAGACGUGGUAUUGGUUUCGAAAUUCAAAGCGGCAUCAAAAAUUUGAAGCGUAAUCCCGUAAUAAAUCGAUUGGAAACACACAAAGAAAAGUGAAUAAAUGCACGAUAUUUAUCUGUACAAAAUGUAAAUAUUUUACGGUGUAUAUAACUAGAAAACAUAAAAAUUAAAAUCUACGAUUAUCAAACUCUAAUUAUAUUAAUAUUUCUACGAAUCAUCCUUUAUCCAGUAUCAUAUGUAAUAAUUUAAAGUUUAUCAGAUUUAAAUUCAUCAUCUAAAAGUGAAACGUUAGUCAAGUGCAUUGUGAAUCGUGAAAUUUCAAGAUGGUUCGACCGUCGAAUCCUCGACUCAUGGCUCGCGUGCUAGACGCAGUGAUGAAUCUUGGCGACACUAGAGGUUCAUCGGCUCGCGAAGUCCUCAGUUUUAUCCGGCAGAGCAACGUAUCGCCCAAGAACCUCACACUGCAGGUGCAUCGAGCUCUAAAACACGCGGUGAACGCCGGACUUUUACGACAUAGGAGUGGUCGUUACAAAACAUUGGCUACUCUGAAUCCCGCUUCUGUCUCUACUCCACCUGCCAGCAAAGAAUCAACUAAUGACGAUAAAACAACUGAGGAGAAGAAGUCGAAAUCCGACGUACAAGCGCCGAUCGACAAAACGGAAUCCUCUUCUCGUCGAACACAGGAACGCAAAAAAAGAAAUACGUCACGACGACGAAGCAGCAGACAUCAUAGUAGUAAAGCAAGAAGGAGAGCGCGACGCUCGCCGUAUCCUAGACGAUCCAAUACGUCCGUUCAAAAUCGAAAGCGACAGCAGCGAAAGCGCAGGUACGAGGACGAGGAGUUCGAGGAUCAGUCACAUGUACACAGAUGUAUCGGACGGUACAUCUUGCACGAAAAGGACGACGAGCCAUCCGUACCAUUCAAUCGACAAACGAAACGUUCGAGAUUAUCCAAGCGAGAGCUCGAGUCCGACUUCUCCGAUGAGAGCGAUCGCGAAAGCGACGUGAACCGGAAGCGCGUCUCUCGAUCGAGUAAACCAUUGUGUCGGGAACCGAGAUGCAAAGAGACGCGGGCGAAAUCGAGGGGCAGAUCAGCAUCGCGAGCUCGUAGUCCGCAGAUGCUGCAACGAACUGUGCAGCCGCGACAGUCUUCGAUCGAGGAAGUCGGAAACGAUGGGCAGCAAUAUGACGAGGAUCACGGGUCCACGGAGCUUGACUCGGCUCAUCAAGAAGCGCACGAGGAGGAAGAUGUCGAGGGGGCUCGCGAGCCGAAUGACAGCAACAGCGGCAGCACCCUGGAAAAUUCGAGAGACUGA